AGUUUGGCCUUCUCCACAUUUUUCUACUGUUUCCCUGGCCUCAAACCUGGUGCACCUCUUUCUUCCAAUCUGCAGCUUCAGAAAACAAACCCCUUCUCCGCUUCAUACACCACUUAACCAAAUCCCCCUUUGCAUCACCCACCCUUCGUAGUGGAUCCAACUGCCCUACCCUACCAUACGAUACCUACAAGUAACCAACAACACAUUAUAAGCAACAGGCCCUUUCCUACUUUGGACCCAUCCAUCCAUCCCGUCUCCGAGAAUCGAGAUCAAACCGAGUGUAUUGUUUCACCUCUUUUUUUAAACGCCGUCAUUGUUGGACGAGACACUGCCACACCCCGUUGGAAGUUCUUUCCCCCCUAUUACUUUAAAGAGCCGUUUCCCCCCUCGCCUCGUUUUUUCCUGAGCGCAUCCAGCAUCUCAAAAAAAAAAAAUUCCAAUCACAGAGUGAAUAUUCAUAUUUCUAGCAAUAAGGAAAGCCUUGAUCGGUGUUCGUUCUUCGUUCUCGAAAAAAAAAAAGAUGCCUCACUCACUCGAUUCGUCCAGCCCAAUGAUUUCUAGAGGGGACACCCACCGUUUCUCAUCAUAUACUACCAUCUCUUCGAACCCUUCUAUUGCGCCAACCUCCGAGAAGGCUGUUUUCAUCGAGAUCGAGGAUGGUUUGCGAAGACUUGAGGACAGACGGUACAUGAGCCAGAGGUUCGUGCCGAGUGAGAAGAAGAGUGAGUUGAUCUCUAAGUUGGCCCUGAGUGCGAAAUUGGAGAGGGCUUUAAGGUGGAGAAUGGACACGCAAGACGCCAUACGAAGGCCGCGAGUUAAGACUGGUUAGCUACCCGGAUAGGCGCCAGGUGUGGACAAAGCUGUUCACCUUGUGUAUGCGCAGAGAAUGACGGGUGGUUCGUUUAUUUACGAGUUAUGAUAUGGUGUACAUCAACCAACGGGAUACUUCUGCACUCUUGGGGCAACCUUGAAUGAAUGCGGUGUAGUCGACCAGUGUCGACUGCAGAUGUAUUCUUGUGGCUAGGCUGAGGCCAUUUUUUCUUAUCAGGGGUUACAUCUGUUAUAUAGGGCUCCAUUGCCGAACGGAGGAGCUAUUGGGCGUGGGCUUUCAUUUUUUGUCUCUUAAUUUUAGUGGGUAUUAACGGGGCGCUCGGAACUCGCACUUUGUCAUUCAGUUUUCAAUCUCUAUAAUAUCAUACUGUACGAUUUUUUAGUUUUGCAA